UAUCUCUCCAUCGUCGUUCUCUUCGAUUUUGAUCUCGAGGGUAUCAUUGUGUUCAUCAAUUGAAAACGUGGGAUUCUGUACACCAUGACAACCUACAUUCCCCAGCUCACCCUGCCUUACUCGGUAUUCACCAGCCCAGCUGCUUCUGUUCUGCUUCCAGUUGGGCUGGGAAGCCUCGUCGGCUGGGGCACCGCACCCAAGAAGACAAAGGCAAAAUAUGCAUCGCUGAAGCAGCCGCCCUACUCCCCGCCCGCCUGGGUAUUCGGGCCUGCUUGGACGGUCCUCUACGGCCUGAUGGGCUAUGCCGCCUAUCGUGCCGUUGACACUGGAAUGUCCCCGCUGAGCUCGGUCAUCCACCAGCGCAUGACCAAGCACGGCGCGACUCUUUAUUCUAUCCAGCUCGGCCUAAACCUUGUCUGGAUGCCACUCUUCUUCGGCCUCAAGCGCCCGGUUGAGGCCAGCGUCGACAUCCUGGCCCUCGUCGGGAUCAACUCGUACCUCACAUAUCUGUGGGGUUCUGUCGACCGCGUUGCCGGCCUCUGUCUGGCUCCCUACGUGGCCUGGCUCAGCUACGCAACUUACCUUUGCAUUGGCACCGGGUAUCUCAACGGCUGGGAUAUCAAGGAUAAGGAAGUACCCAAGCAACAAUGAAGGCCGACGGAUCGGCCCGGCGCUACCGAUGGAUUUUUGCGUUUCUCGCUGUACAAACCCACAAAAAUCAGGGUCUAACACUCUGUUGUCUUCAAACGGCUGGUUUCUUCCCACUAUGGUUGUCGUUCGAAUUGUAUUGUUCUAUGGUAUACCCUCUACUACGAGAUUCCUUAAUCCCAACUUUUAGGCCAAAAAAAGAGGUCAUCUAUAAAUAUUCUUGAUUGUGAAAAUUUGACAUAUUUAAUAAAUCCCAUCUGGCUA